AUGAGAACAACUCCUGUUGGUUGUUUUUGUUUUUGGGAUGAAGAAUGUGUUGCAAAAGCUGCAGAAAAUCUGUCGAAAGUUACACAUUAUGAUCCUAAGUGCGCUUAUUCAGCAGUUUUGAUUUCAUUGAUUAUAUCCAGAUUAAUCAAGAGUAAAUCAUCUCCCAACUACAAAUUUGACUUAGACAAAACUAUUGAAGACGCAUUUACAUUUGUCGAGGGAUCUAACGAAGAAAGAGAUGAAAUAAUGAAAUAUUUAUCUGUCAAAGAAAUCGAAGAAUUAGACUUGGAAAAUCGUGAUUAUAUGGGAUAUACACUUAGAACUACAGGUUCUGCAAUCUGGGCAUUGCGAUACACAAAUUCUAUUACAGAAGCUAUAGAAAAAGUCAUCAGGGAAGGUGGUGAUUCUGAUACAAACGGUGCAGUUGUUGGUGGCGUUCUUGGUGCUAAAUACGGUUUCUCACAACUUCCUAAAGAUAUUCUCACUUACAUGUUCAACGGACAAUGGUUGUACAACGAAGUCGAUCCAUUCAUGCGUAUCAUGGGCAUUGAACCUCCUCCAUCAUUUUGGAAAAAGUAA